ACAAGCCUUUCUACGAAGAUGGCGCCGAAAGCAAAGAAGGAAGCCCCUACCCCUCCCAAAGCUGAAGCCAAAGCCAAAGCUUUGAAGGCCAAGAAAGCAGUGCUGAAAGGCGUCCACAGUCAUAAGAAAAAGAAGAUCCGCACGUCACCUACCUUCCUUCUGCCCAAGACACUGCGGCUCCGAAGACAGCCCAAGUAUCCUCGCAAGAGCGCCCCCAGGAGAAACAAGCUUGACCACUAUGCCAUCAUCAAGUUCCCCCUGACCACGGAGUCGGCCAUGAAGAAGAUAGAAGACAAUAACACACUUGUUUUCAUUGUGGAUGUCAAGGCCAAUAAGCACCAGAUAAAACAGGCUGUAAAGAAACUCUAUGACAUUGAUGUGACUAAGGUCAACACCCUGAUCAGACCUGAUGGAGAGAAGAAGGCAUAUGUUCGAUUGGCUCCUGACUACGAUGCCUUGGAUGUUGCCAACAAAAUUGGGAUCAUCUAGACUGAGUCCAGCUGCCUAAUUCUAAAUAUAACUUCUCACUGUAAAAAAAAAAAAAAAAUCAU